UACGGUGGCCGCCGGGGGCCCGGCCGCGCGUUUCCGGGUGCGCGACGGGGCCGCGGCGGCUGUGACUCCCCGGUGCCCGCCGCGGACGGGACGGAGGCGGCGGCCAUGGAUUUCUCCCGGUUCCUGUCGGAUGACUUCGAGGUGAAGAGCUGGGUGAACGCGGCCUUCCGGGCCGUGCAGCAGGAGGCCCCCGGGAAGGUGGACGCCCACGCCGCUACGUUGGUGAUGAAGUUGCAGCUCUUCAUCCAGGAGGUUAACAACGCCGUGGAAGAAACAAGCCACCAGGCCCUCCAGAACAUGCCCAGAGUCCUCCGAGAAGUGGAAGUCUUGAAACAGGAGGCAACAUUCCUGAAGGAGCAAAUGAUCCUUGUUAAAGAAGAUAUCAAGAAAUUUGAAGAAGACACAGCUCAGUCAAUGCAAGUCCUGGUAGAGAUUGACCGAGUGAAAUCUAGAAUGCAGUUGGCUGCAGAAUCACUUCAGGAAGCAGACAAAUGGAGCACGUUAAGUGCAGACAUUGAAGAGACUCUUAAAACACAGGAUGUGUCUGUGAUUUCGGCCAAGCUAACAAGCAUGCAGAGCAGCCUGGCCAUGCUCGUGGAUACUCCGGAUUACUCCGAGAAGUGCGUGCACCUUGAGGCCCUGAAGAACCGACUAGAGGCCAUGGCCAGCCCUCAGAUUGUUGCUGCUUUUAACUCCCAGUCUGUAGAUCAGGCGAAAACGUUUGUUAAAGUUUUCACCGAAAUUGAUCGGAUGCCCCAGCUGCUUGCUUAUUAUUAUAAAUGUCACAAGGUGCAGCUGGUGGCAGCGUGGCAGGAUCUUUGCCAAAGUGAAUUAAGCUUAAAUCGCCAGUUGACGGAACUGUAUGACACUCUUCUUGGGACCUGGCACUCACAGCUUCAGUGGGCAACACAGGUUUUCAAGAACCCCCAUGAAAUUGUGACUGUACUGUUGAUUCAAACGCUGGGAGCGCUGGUACCUUCCAUCCCUGUCUGCCUCAGCACUGCCAUGGAGAGAACGGGCCAAGAAACCAAGCUGAAUAAGCUGCUGGAACUCUACGAUGCCACCAUCCACUUUGCAAAGGGGCUGGAAGUAGCAAUGUUGCCAAACCUGAAGGAGCAGAACCUGGUAAAAGUGAUGGAACUGGUGGAAGCGGUGUAUGGUCCUUACAAGCCCUAUCAACUUGAGUAUGGAGACCUGGAAGAGGAAAACCUCCUCAUUCAGAUCAGUGCAGUGCCCUUGGAGCAUUGGGAAGUAAUUGACUGUGUCCAAGAACUGAACCAUUCCGUCAACAAACUCUUCAUUCUGGCUUCUGGAGCCAUCGACAACUGCAUUAAACUCACGGAUGGACUGGGAGCGUGUGGGCUCCUUAAGGCCCUGAAAGCUCUGUUCACAAAGUACACAUCUGACUUUACAAACACAUUGCAGUCUAUACGAAAGAAAUGUAAACUGGAUGAUGUCCUCUCAGAUUCCUUUUUCCAGGAGGACUGGACUGCAUUCCAAAACUCUGUCAGGAUAAUUAGUACUUGUGGUGAGCUCCUUCGUCAGUGUGGAGACUUUGAGCAGCAGCUGGCCAACAGGAUUUUAUCAACUGCUGGAAAGUAUCUCUCGGACUCCUACAGCCCUUGUAGCUUUUCUGGCUUUCAAGAUACCAGUUCUGCAGAAAAGAAGAGCUCUGUAAAGAAUCCCUGGCAGGAAUACAAUUAUCUUCUGAAGGAGAAUCCAUCUGAGUACGCCAGCCUUAUGGAAACACUUUACACUCUGAAGGAGAAAGGUACAAGUAACCACAACCUGUUGUCUUCAUCUCGAUCUGCCCUUGGCCGCCUCAACCAGCUGGCACACCACUUGGCUUUUGAUUCCGUUUUCCUUCGCAUCCAACAGCAACUCUUACUUGUUCCAAAGAUGGAGGGAUGGAGUUCUGGUGGCAUUGGUGAGACCCUGACAGAUGACCUGCCAAACUUCAGCCUGACUCCUCUAGAAUAUAUCAGCAAUAUUGGGCAAUAUAUUAUGUCGCUUCCUCUCCACCUUGAGCCGUUUGUCACUCAAGAGGAUUCUGCUUUGGAAUUGGCAUUACAUGCUGGAAAACUGCCUUACCCCCCAGAACAAGGAGAUGAAUUACCUGAGCUGGACAACAUGGCUGACUACUGGCUGGGCUCCAUUGCCAGAGCUACCAUGCAGACUUACUGCGAGGUCAUCCUGCAAAUACCAGAGCUGACGGUGCACUCGACCAAGCAGCUUGCCACAGACAUUGAUUAUCUAAUAAAUGUGAUGGAUGCCCUCGGCCUUCAGCCAUCAAGAACGCUGCAAAAUAUUGUGAGUCUGUUGAAGGCAAAACCAGAGGAUUACCGUCAGGCUGCGAAGAGCGCGCCCCGCAGAAUGGCCAACAGCAUCGCUGCAAUGAGGGGCCUGGAGGGCUAGGCUGGUGGCCCUGCUGCUGGGCACUCUGCAAGGACCUAUUUCCCUAUAUUCCUAAAGGGAUAUUUCCCCACAUCACUAUUAUUUCCCUAUAAACUUGGCAAGGACCGUCGAAACAUCUCUGAGGUUUAGGGGAAUUAAUUUCUGAAUAACUUUUAAUAAAUGCCUUUGUCUAGGAAAA